AUGGCCGUGCUAGAUGUGCUGGAUACUCGCUUGGUGGGUUCACAGAACAUACCCACCAAGCGAGUAUCCAGCACAUCUAGCACGGCCAUUCAUUCGAUAAUGGACCUUUGUCAAGAAAGAGACGAGCACAUGAUAUGGAGCAAGGGCCAUCUAAUAUGGAUCAUGCGGAUAAAGAUAUCGGACAAAAACAAAAACAACUCGGACCAUCUCCACAGAAACAAGAGUCUAGCCUUCAUCAGGAUAAAGAUACAAGACGGAAAAAAACUCAGACCAUCUCCACAGAAACAAGAGUCUAGCCUUCAUCAGGAUAAAGAUACAAGACGGAAAAGGAAAAAACUCAGACCAUCUCCACAGAAACAAGAGUCUAGCCUUCAUCAGGAUAAAGAUACAAGACGGAAAAAACUCAGACCAUCUCCACAGAAUCAAGAGUCUAGCCUUCAUCAGGAAAAAGAUACAAGACGGAAAAAACUCAGACCAUCUCCACAGAAUCAAGAGUCUAGCCUUCAUCAGGAAAAAGAUACAAGACGGAAAAAACUCAGACCAUCUCCACAGGAGUGGGGAAGAAAGAAAUUCCAGGAAGACAAGACAGGUACGCCCCAUGUGAAGACCACCUUUGCCCAGAAUAUUCCGGAAAAACUUCCAUUCAGAAUCAAGAGUCUAGCCUUCAUCAGGAAAAAGAUACAAGACGGAAAAAACUCAGACCAUCUCCACAGAAACAAGAGUCUAGCCUUCAUCAGGAUAAAGAUACAAGACGGAAAAAACUCAGACCAUCUCCACAGAACCAAGAGUCUAGCCUUCAUCAGGAAAAAGAUACAAGACGGAAAAAACUCAGACCAUCUCCACAGAAUCAAGAGUCUAGCCUUCAUCAGGAUAAAGAUACAAGACAGAAAAAACUCAGACCAUCUCCACAGGAUCAUGCGUCUAGCCAUCAGGAUAAAGAUACAAGACAGAAAAAACUCAGACCAUCUCCACAGAAGGGUAUUGGGACGAGCUCGACCGAAGACAGCCGAACUGCCUCACGAAGGCUCGCCCUACCGCUCCACCAAUCACAGCCGAGCACUUUCCUUUUCGACGGAGGCAGCAUUGUCACGUCUCCUCUGUUGUAGCUGUCACCUGGUUGGAGAAAAAGGCGUUCCAUUGCGAGGCCAAUCCCGGGAGUUGGUUUGUCGAGUGAGAGACUACUUCCAGAGAGAGAAAAUUAACAAAGGACCGAUACUUCCAGUAGAAAAAGUUAUUGAAAGAACUGCUGCGGCUUUGGAGAUAGGAAAAAAUACAGUUGUGAGAACUGGAAAGGAGAAAAUACAAAGUGAACAGAGUGGCUUGAAACUGAACACUCCCGAUAAGAAAUAUUCGAGGUUUAAGCCUGUUACGGAGCUGGACGCCUUUCAAAAAGAUGCCAUCUGCCGCCGUGUCUACGGAUUCUUCUUGAUGAAAGAGGGGUUGGAACGUGUAACAGAGUCUGAUUCGAAGAAGGUAGUAGACCACACGAAGAAUAUAAUCCUAGAUGCUUGGAAAAAUAAAGGGUUGAUGGAAGACUCCGUUGAGCAGAUGGUAAUAAACAUCGGCAAUUACAGCCCCAGUGAAGAGGAUUCGGACAAUGACAGCAACGACAAUGAAGAGGAAGAAUGCGGCAGUAAUGAUAAUAAUGGAAUAAUAGAUCAUGCCCACAUGGACAAUGACGAAGUAAGUCCGGAAAUUUACUCUGAUCAAACUUGUCGUUAUGAACUUAGUCCUGAUAUUGAUUCGGACAACAUCAAUCUUCCUAUAGAUCGUUCUGAUGAUCGUCCUAUUGAUCCUCCCGAAACUGAUUCUGGUGGUGUGAAGGAUAAUAAUGGAAUAGAUCAUGCCCACAUGGACAAUGACGAAGUAAGUCCGAAAAUUUACUCUGAUCAAACUUGUCGUUACGAACUUGGUCCUGAUAUUGAUUCGGACGACAACAUCGAUCUUCCUGUAGAUCUUCCUGAUAUUGAUUCGGACGACAACAUCUAUCUUCCUGUAGAUCUUCCUAUAGAUCGUCCUGAUGAUCGUCCUAUUGAUUCUUCCGAAACUGAUUCUGGUGGUGUGAAGUUAGUGUGCAGUACGUUUGGUUCAGUGAUACAUUAUACAGUCUGUUAUGCAAUGGCGGGGCCAAGUAGACUUUCGGAUGACGAUUUACAAGGCCUUGUGUUUGCCAGUGAGUUCGAACCGAGUGAUGCGAGUGAGUCGGAAAUGUCUGGUGGUAGCGGCGGCGGCCAUGACAGUGACCUUGAUGAUGCGCAGCUCGACGCCUUGCCUGCCCCGCCUGUCGUCGCUGCAGAAGGGAAGGAAGGGGAUAACGGUGUUGAGGGGGAAAGUGAGGGAGAAGGGGACAUUGUUUACAAUCCACAGUGGGCCCCCGUCACAGCAGGAUUGCGAAAGAUACCUUUUACUAAGGAGAAUGAGCUCUUGAUGGUACAAAAAGAUGUUAUCCACAUGUUGCACCUCAUGAUGAUCAACGCAUUCAAACUGCAUGAAUUUGCCAAUCCUCGCAGAGGCAAAAAAAUGAACCUGUAUGACUUUCGAAAUGCUGUCAUCGAGAAGCUCUUGCCACCGCCCACUCCCGCCAAGCUUCCGCGUCCACGCCAACUAUCAGCCGCUAGGCAUGUACUUUCCAAACCAGAAGUACGAAGUGCAGACAAUAACGGAGGCUAUGAGCCACUUACUGAUGAGGAAGUGAUCGCGUCGUUUUUACCUGAUGCUAAUGAAUCAGACGCUGAGGAGGCAGACGGGGACAUUGAAGAUCCAGUGAUGAGUCAUGGAGAUUCAGAUAAUAAUGGAAUAAUAGAUCAUGCCCACAUGGACAAUGACGAAGUAAGUCCGAAAAUUUACUCUGAUCAAACUUGUCGUUAUGAACUUAGUCCUGAUAUUGAUUCGGACGACAACAUCGAUCUUCCUGUAGAUCGUCCUGAUGAUCCUCCUGAUGAUCCUCCUAUUGAUCCUCCCGAAACUGAUUCUGGUGGUGUGAAGGAUAAUAAUGGAAUAAUAGAUCAUGCCCACAUGGACAAUGACGAAGUAAGUCCGAAAAUAUACUCUGAUCAAACUUGUCGUUACGAACUUAGUCCUGGUAUUGAUUCGGACGACAACAUCAAUCUUCCUGUAGAUCGUCCUGAUCGUCCUUUUGAUCCUCCCGAAACUGAUUCUGGUGGUGUGAAGGAUAAUGAAAUAAUAGAUCUUACUCUAAUGGACAGUGACGAAGAAGAGGAAAUUCACUCUGAUCAAACUCGUCGUUACGAACUUGGUCGUGAUAUUGAUUCGGACGACAACAGUGAUCUUCCUGAUGAUCGCCCUGAUGAUGUUACCGAUGAUCGUACAGAUGAUCGUACCGAUGAUCGUACCGAUGAUCGUACCGAUGAUCGUACCGAUGAUCGUACCGAUGAUCGUACCGAUGAUCGUACCGAUGAUCGUACCGAUGAUCGUACCUAUGAUCGUACCUAUGAUCGUACCGAUGAUCGUACCGAUGAUCGUACCGAUGAUCGUACUGACGAUCGUUCUGAUGAUGAUCCUAUUGAUCCUCCCGAAACUGUUUCUGGUGGUGUGAAGGAUGAUGAAAUAAUAGACCUUACUCUAAUGGACAGUGACGAAGUAAGUCCGGAAAUUCACUCUGAUCAAACUUGUCGUUACGAACGUAGUCCUGAUAUUGAUUCGGACGACAACAUUGAACUCCCUCUAAAUUUUCCUGAUAAUCGUCCCGAUGAUCGUCCCGAUGAUCGUCCCGAUGAUCGUCCCGAUGAUCUACCCGAUGAUCGUCCCGAUGAUCGUUCUGAUGAUCGUUCUGAUGAUCGUUCUGAUGAUCGUUCUGAUGACCGUUCUGAUGAUCAUUCUGAUGAUCGUUCUAAUGAUCCUCCUAUUGAUCCCACCGAAACUGAUUCUGGUGGUGUGAAGAUUUCAAAAAGCAAGCGAGGCAAAAGAAGACAAGUGAAGAGAAAGCUGGAAGAUAAGGAAGAAGACCCUGAUGACCCAAGCAAUGAAGCUGGCCAGUUUUAG